GUAAUUCAUUCAAUAGUAUUUUCUAGUUAGAAUUAGAAGUGUUUAAAGUGUAUUCAUUGCAUGUAAAAUAUAUCGGCAUGCGAUGACGUCACAUCCGGUUUCGCCGCGUCUUGUGGGAAAACACCGGUUUGAAAUUAGCGCGAGGGUGGGGGCUCACCACGAGGCUCACCUGAGCACAAGCAGUUUUGCAGGCAUGAGAAAUCACAGUGAGAGCAACGCUUUUUCACCAUAUGUUAAUGUGAAGAGUGAACAGUAAAUGGUUAAUCUUACUGCGAUCUGGUUCUUAUUAACUGUGGUUUAUCCGGACGUUAAAUUCGGCGUUUCGUUACACCCGAAGGAGAACGUGACAGUGAAAAAGCGACAUUAUCAGGUGUUUCAAGUGCUGCAAUGUCAGCUCAAUCCAGCAUCAAGUCGACGCCGCCCAGCGACAAGGGCAGUAAACCGACAUCAAGUAAGCCCACCCGGGCGUUAUCAGGUGUUCCAAGUGCUGCAAUGUCAGCUCGAUCCGGGAUCAAGUCGAUGGCGCCCAGCGACAAGGGCAGUAGAACUACAUCAAGUAAGUCCGCACAGGCAAGAGCCAAGGCAGAAGCCGCCAAGGUGCGACUGCAUUACGCCAGACAAGAAGCAGUUUUGAAAAUGAAACUGGCCACCAGAGAAGCCGAAAUCCAGAAAGAAGAGGCUGCCAGAGAAGCCGAAAUCCAGAAAGAAAGGGCCACCAGAGAAGCCGAAAUCCAAAGAGAAGAGGCUGCCAGAGAAGCCGAAAUCCAGAAAGAAAGGGCCGCCCGAGAAGCCGAAAUCCAGUUGGAAAUGGCAAAAAUAUCGACAGAGUUGCAAGUGCUGCAGCUAGAAAGAGAAGAAGCUGCUGCCAUGGCGGAAGCAAAGUACAUAGAAGAAGCUGAAGGGUCGCGUGAUCUGACCGCAGCAAGAUCUACUUUAGAAAGGACCAGACUGGAACGCACAAGCGACUAUGUACAAUCUCAAAUAGACAGGCAGGCUCGUCUCCCCUCUCCAUACGUAUUCGAUAACUUCCCCAGCUACGAGGAACCUCAGAGAGUCACGAUUGCAUCACAUCCAUACGAGGAAGGAAAUUUACCCUCACGGCUCCGUGAUGAAGUCAAGAAUGAAAGAACCGACAACGCUCCUUCACCCCCACAACAGGACGGCGGGGAGGGAGAGGUUCACUCCAGGACAACAAUUGUCAGCUCGAACUGUACAGAAGUUUGCGGUCAAACUCAGUCAAGCCGUUCUUGUUCCGAGAUCUGCCUCACUGAGGUGUACCCUAAAGAAGCACAACAAGACAUUACCAAGCGUAAAGUAACCGACGAGACGCUAGGUCAGUCAGUUUUCGUUCAAACCGAGCACGGAAACAAACUUGCACAAUCAGCUCAAGAUACCAUUUCUUUAAAACCCAAAGACACCAAGGUCUUCAGAGAUGAAGCAAAUAAUGGGGUUGCCCCAUUGCCUAUCAGAGAACCAUGCCAGCGCUCACCAGAUAACAAAGAGCAGGCAGUCAAACGGUUCACGUCCUUACGGAAAACCCGGAAAAGGAAACCUGAGAUACAGCAACGCACCCGAUUGGCCCACGAGGUACUGUGCACCCUAAUGGCAGAGGUCACAGCCAUUAUAAACGCACAAUCAUUCCUACCUGUGUCUUCUGACCCAGAAAACCCCUUUAUACUUUCGCCAUCAACGCUCCUUACGCAGAAGGCAGGAGCACCUCCUCCACCAGGAGACUUCUCAGACAAGGAUUUGUACACAAAGCAAUGGAGACAAGUCCAGGCUCUGGCAAAUCAGUUCUGGCCUCGCUGGAGACAAAAAUAUCUACCUUCGUUGCAACAGAGACGAAAGUGGACAGAACCCCGCAGGAAUCUUCAAGUCGGAGACCUAGUCCUGCUCAGGGACAAGCAGAUCACCCGCAACAGCUGGCCAAUGGCCAGAAUCACUGCUACAUUCCCUAGCGAGGAUGGACAUGUCAGGAAGAUCGAAUUGAAGACUACCGACCAAGGCGAUGUGAAAAUUUACCAAGGGCCAGUUACAGAAGUUAUUCUACUUCUACCCAAUGACUGAUUAAGAGACUAAGUUUUGUACUCUGCUCAUUGUGACCUUACGAAGGUCAAGCGGGGAGUGUGCUGUCUUUACGACAGUUAUUUAGUUUAUAAUAUUUUCGCUUAGUAAUUCAUUCAAUAGUAUUUUCUAGUUAGAAUUAGAAGUGUUUAAAGUGUAUUCAUUGCAUGUAAAAUAUAUCGGCAUGCGAUGACGUCACAUCCGGUUUCGCCGCGUCUUGUGGGAAAACACCGGUUUGAAAUUAGCGCGAGGGUGGGGGCUUUCCACGAGGCUCACCUGAGCACAAGCAGUUUUGCAGGCAUGAGAAAUCACAGUGAGAGCAACGCUGUAAGUUAAUAGAUAAUCGAUAUAUU